CAGUACUAUCCGGUUCAAGGAUAUAAAAAGAGCGCUUCAUAGUAGGAAGGAUUUUCUAUUGGCGCGUCCGCUUUUCAGAAAUCAGCAGAGUGCGAGGAGGAGGCGAGACGACCACCAUGAAGUUCUGUGCAAAGCAAACUGUCUUCUGUCUAAUGUCUGUUUUAUGUCUCAGCGUUGCUGUAGACCCACUUGCACCUGAAGUCCACACAAAGCUCGGGAGCCUGAGAGGUGGGUAUGUGAGUGUAAAGGAGAAGGAGACUGGAGUCUAUGCCUACCUGGGUGUCCCAUUUGCCAAGCCACCCAUAGGCCCUGCUCUGAGACUGGCUGCACCUCAGCCUGUAGAGGGAUGGGAAGGAGUGAGAGACGCUACCAAGCAGCCGCCCAUGUGUGUUCAGCCUAGACAGGUGACAAUAGAUCUCCUUGAUAAAUUUGGCGCCAUCGUGACAGAUAUUCCAGACAUUUCAGAAGACUGUCUUUACCUCAACAUCUACACUCCGUCAAACAGAGCUCUUGAUGCCAAGCUUCCAGUCAUGGUCUGGAUUCAUGGUGGAGGAUUUUCUAUAGGGUCAGCCUCCAUUUAUGAUGGCUCCGCCCUGGCUGCUCACCAAGAUGUGGUUGUGGUUUUGAUCCAGUACCGCUUGGGACUUCUGGGCUUUCUCAGCACUGGAGAUGAGCACAUGUCCGGGAACUUUGGAAUGCUGGACCAGGUAGAAGCUCUCAGGUGGAUCCAGCAGCACAUUCACAACUUUGGUGGAGACCCAGAUUUAGUUACGAUAUUCGGGGAGUCUGCUGGUGGAGUGAGCGUAUCCCUACUGCUUCUCUCACCGUUGUCUGAUGGCCUGAUCCACCAUGCCAUUGCUGAGAGUGGCACUGCUGCAAUGGAUUUACUUAUAGUGAAUGAUCCUCUACCAGUGACGCAGAUGAUAGCAAAUGUGUCUGGCUGUAGCCUGGAAAGCUCAGAGAAGAUCGCCCAUUGCAUGAAAACCCUUGAUUUUGAAACUAUUUUGAAAAUUGGGGAGGAUGAAAAAGUUAGAUAUCCCAUAAAUGUCGAUGGACACUUCCUGACAAAACCUGUGAAUGAACUGUACCAUAAUCAUGAAAUUCUCACUGUACCAUUCAUGACCGGCGUUAAUAAUGAUGAAGGGGGCUGGUUACUUACUAAUUUCUUUGCUCCUCCAAACUGGACAGAGGGAAUUGAUCAGGAGCAUGUCACGAACAUGCUGUUAAUGUUCCAAUAUGAUCCUUUCAUCGUAGAUCUGAUGACACAUGAAUAUAUUGGAAACGGUGAAGAUCGUGUGAAAAAUAGAAAUGGGUUGACUGAGAUGAUUGGUGAUUUGUUAUUUACCAUUCCAGCCAUUAAGACUGCUAAUGCCCACAGAGAUGCAGGCGCCCCUGUAUAUCUCUAUGAGUACCAGCAUCCUCCCAGAAUCCUGCAGGCAAAAAGGCCAAGCUUUGUUGGGAGUGACCAUGGAGAUGAAAUCUUUGCAGUACUCGGAUUCUGUUUUACAACAACCCAUGUGACAUUACCUGAUGCAUGCGCUGAAGAGGAGAUGCGUUUUAGCAAAACCAUGAUGAGCUACUGGGGCAACUUUGCUCGCACAGGGUCUCCUAACAGGGAAGGCCUUGUUCACUGGCCAAAGUAUGGAGCAGAAGAAGACUACCUGGCAAUCGAUUUAAAGGAACAGGUACCUGCUCAUCACUUGAAGAAGGGGCGGUUUGUCUUCCUGACUCAGACCCUCCCAGAGAAGAUCCAAGAACAUAAGGAGAAAAUGGAGCGCAGUGAAUUGUAGAAAAGUCAGCUCAAUCAAUUUUUAAAAAAUUGAUUUCAUCAUGAACCACCAACAAGUCUGCCAGUAAAGCAUUAGACUUGCUGUAAGACACUGAGAAACUAAUAAAAAUCCAGCAGUACUUACUGUAACCUUUACAAAGUACCAUACAUUAUAUGAAAUUUAAAAAGGAGAUCCUUUCAAAAUUUAACCUGAAACCCUAAGAUUUUAAAAUUUCAAAGUUGAACUUAAAAUGUUUGUGUGGCAGCAGUAGGGAGUUCAAAGUUAAAGUUAGCUUAGUUUGUUUUAUAGUCAGUGUACAUUGAACAUCAAUUUGAAUCUAGAGCAAAUCACUUCUAAUAGGGAGUACUACUAUAAGAUCUAAACGCCCCAAAGGAAAUAUGUAGUAGAAAGGCAUCUUAAGUCAUGGGAUACACGUACUGUGUGAUCUGGAUUCUGAUACAAAAUAAAAAAUCUUUUGAAGGUA